GCCGCCGCCGCCGGGCUGCAGGGCCAGGCGGGGAUGGAGGACCCUGCAGCUCCCCGAUUGCGGUCCUGGGGGCGGCGGUCGAGGCUGAUUAGCAGAGGCGGGCUGGCGGGCGGCCACCUUCCCCGCCGAUCGGUCCCCGGGGGCGGGCGGGGCGCCGGGAGAGGAGGAGCCUCCGGGCCGAGCCACCACCUCCUACGCGGACCUUCAGCCGCCGCCGCUUCUUGGAGCGGCGCGCUGGAUUGCCACCAAGAUGUCAGGAGAGAUGGACAAGCCACUGAUCAGCCGCCGCCUGGUGGACAGUGAUGGGAGUCUUGCUGAGGUCCCCAGUGAGGCCCCCAAAGUGGGGGUCCUGGGCAGCGGGGAUUUUGCCCGUUCCCUGGUCACCCGCCUGGUGGGCUCCGGCUUCAGUGUGGUGGUGGGAAGCCGCAACCCCAAGCGCACGGCCGGGCUGUUCCCCUCAGCGGCACAAGUGACUUUCCAGGCAGAUGCAGUGGACUCCCCUGAUGUCAUCUUCGUGGCCAUGUUCCGGGAGCACUACUCCUCGCUGUGUGGCCUCAGCGACCAGCUGGCUGGCAAGAUCCUGGUGGAUGUGAGCAAUCCCACGGAGCAAGAGCACCUUCGGCAGCUCGAGUCCAAUGCAGAGUACCUGGCUUCCCUCUUCCCCACCUGCACAGUGGUCAAGGCCUUCAAUGUCAUCUCUGCCUGGACUUUGCAGUCCGGCCCGAGGGAUGGGAACAGGCAGGUGCCCAUCUGCAGCAACCAGCCUGAAGCCAAGCGCGUGGUCUCGGAGAUGGUACAGGCCAUGGGCUUCACGCCAGUGGACAUGGGGGCCCUGGCCUCGGCCCGGGAGGUGGAGGCCAUGCCCCUGCGCCUCCUCCCAGGCUGGAAGGUGCCCGGCCUCCUGGCCCUGGGGCUCUUCAUCUUCUUCUACAUCUACAACUUCGUGCGCGACGUCGUCCAGCCCUACGUGCGGGAGGGCAAGAGCAAGUUCUACAAGCUCCCCGUGUCCGUGGUCAACACGACGCUGCCGUGCGUGGCCUACGUGCUGCUGUCGCUGGUGUACCUGCCCGGCGUGCUGGCGGCCGCCCUGCAGCUGCACCGGGGCACCAAGUACCGCCGCUUCCCCGACUGGCUGGGCCACUGGCUGCAGCAUCGCAAGCAGAUAGGCCUCCUCAGCUUCUUCUGCGCCGCCCUGCACGCGCUCUACAGCUUCUGCCUGCCCCUGGGCCGCGUCAACCGCUACGAGGUGGUCAACCUCGCCCUCAAACAGGUCUUGACCAACAAGAGCCACCUGUGGAUUGAGGAGGAAGUGUGGCGGAUGGAGAUAUACCUCUCCCUGGGAGUGCUGGCCCUCGGCAUGCUGUCCCUGCUGGCCGUCACCUCACUGCCAUCCAUUGCAAACUCGCUCAACUGGAGGGAGUUCAGCUUCAUUCAGUCCACUCUGGGCUUCGUGGCCCUGGUGCUGAGCACCCUGCACACGCUCACCUACGGCUGGACCCGCGCCUUCGAAGACCGCCAUUACAGGUUCUACCUGCCCCCUACCUUCACGCUCACGCUGCUCGUGCCCUGCGUUGUCAUUCUGGCCAAAGCUCUGUUCCUGCUACCCUGCCUCGGUGGCAGACUCGCCCGCAUCCGGAGGGGCUGGGAGAAGGAUGCCGCCGUCAAGUUCGCGCUGCCGAUGGACCAUGCCCUGGCCCAGAAGACGAGCCACGUGUGAGGUGCCCACCUCUGGCCCCAGAACCCAGACUCGGCAGGAUAGCACCCAGGGCCCAUCGGGGAGGGUGAAAUUGUGCACAAAUUGGUAGUUUGAGGUCUGAAUUCCCGGGACACGAAUAUUGGCAGUAAUAAUCCGAAUGGCACGCA